AUGGCAAACAUUAGUCAGAAUGCGGUAGAAAACAUUGGAAGAGUAUUAAACGACCCACAGAGGCCUAUGAAGGAACGUUUUCGAGCGCUUUUUACACUUCGCAAUUUGGGUGGAGAAACAGCAAUUAAAUGUAUCAGCGAGUGCUUUAAAGAUGAGUCAGUGCUUUUAAAACAUGAGCUAGCUUAUUGUCUAGGCCAGAUGCAAGAUAAAAGAGCAAUCCCGAUUUUGAGAAACGUCUUAGAAGAUAAAAAUCAAGAUCCUAUAGUUCGACAUGAAGCCGGUGAGGCACUUGGAGCUAUAGGGGAUCCAGAUCUUCAAACAAUACUAGAAAAAUAUCAACAUGAUUCUGCAAUAGAAGUAGCUGAAACUUGCCAGAUAGCAUUACAAAGGUUAAAAUGGAUUGAGGAAGAAAACUCAAAGGAGAGUUUAUCGCAGAGUCGCUAUGCUUCUAUAGAUCCUGCUCCUCCUAGCAAUGAGCUGAAUGUUGAAAAACUAAAGGAGACAAUGAUGAAUGAAAAUAAAUCACUAUUUGAUAGAUACAGGGCUAUGUUCAGCUUGCGCAAUUUGGGAACGACUGAGAGUAUUAAUGCAUUAGGAGAAGGAUUUAAAGCAAGUAGUGCACUGUUCCGACAUGAAGUUGCCUUCAUUUUUGGCCAAAUGCAAGAUGAGCGCAGUGUACCUUUUCUUAAAAGAACUUUGGAGGACACUACUGAACAUGAGAUGGUUCGUCAUGAAGCAGCUGAAGCUUUAGGUUCUAUUGCUACUGAUGAAUGCACAGAAGUCCUGAAAAGGUAUCUAAAUGACCCACGGCCAGUGGUUCGAGAGAGCUGUGAAGUGGCCCUUGAUAUGUCCGAGUAUGAAAAUAGCCCGGAAUUCCAAUAUGCUAACACUUUAUUAACAGUCCAGGGU